UAGUACUCCUAUAAUACCGAAUAACGAGGUGCCCUGAACGCCUCGCGGUUCUUACGGAACCACCAUAGACUGUGUAUGUAACCACGUUAGGACAGCAGCUACGCUGUUACCGGUUCUGUAAGCCGGUGUCGUCGUAAGAAUGUCCAGCUGGGUCUGAAGAGUGCUGGGGAAUGGCUCUGAAGCUGAUCUGGAGAUUUCCACUGCUCGGGCAGUUCGGGAUUAAACUUUACCCUCUUGUUGGACCUGUCUGCACCUCAAGGAUUACAAGCAGUGAAGGCCAGGCGUUAUGUGCAGCCUGCCUGUGUACCUCAGCCGGCGGCUGCAUCCAGAGACAUGGCUACAAGAAGCUCCAGUCAGACUGCAGGAUAAGAACUCUGACCACCAUCGUUAAAGAGCCGUCCUUCAUCGCCAGCAGCUCUGCAGGACUCCACAGAGAUCCAGGUCCUCUGUUCUGUCUGACUCAGCUGCACCAACCCACAUCAGCAGAGGAGCAGGCUUUCCAGCAGCGUCUAGGGAACUGCUCCUCGUCUAGGCAGGUGUUCAAACUGCUGCGCACAGUGGAGAUCUUGUCAGACACCAUGGCUGCUGCAACACUUCACCAAGUGGCCGACCUGGAGCAGGAAGGUAACUCUCUAAAGGACCCUACAGUGCUGGAGAAUGACACCAUCAGAGGCCUGUGCUUCCAGCUGGAGCAGGAAUCUGGGCAUCUGACAGAUGCUGGGCUUGUAUCCGCUCUCUUGGCUUGCACUCGCCUCUUCUUGGAUCCUUGCAGCACGCUGAUGGUGCGGCUUGUGUCUGAGAGCCAGGAGAGGUUGGACAGAGGGCAGAUGAGUGUAGGGCAGCUGUGUACCCUGGGCCAGGCAAUGCUGGCUAUGGAGGGUUCUGGCUGUUUGAUUUUGGAGCAGGUGAUGAAGCAAAUCCAGAAGCAGAAGCCUUCCCAGUGGAGCCUUGCAGAUCUCAUUGCUGCCUAUAGAUUUCUGCAAGGUGGCAUCGAUGAAGAUGGAAAAUACCAGAACCUGCUGAAUGCCAUGCACACCCACGCGGUGACAGUCACCUCCCGCAUGGACGCUGCCGCUGUCAGCGGGCUGCUCAAUGCUCUCGUGACCCUGAAACAGAAGCAUGUCAUAGCUCUUGUGAUCAGUCUAUGUAAGCAGGCUGUACAGCAUGUACCUCACUUUAAAGAUGAGGAGCUCACCGCUGUGCUUGGGGCCCUAAUGCACUUCGGUCACAGCAAUCGUUACUUUGUGGAGGCGAUGGAGAGGUAUGUGCCCACAAUGGCCUUCACCUCCCAUCCAGAAACCGUUACUACGGUGAUUCAGUUCUUUGGCCAGAGGAACAUCCUGUCCCAGACUGUGUUUGAUGCCAUUGCAGAGAGCUUCGUCUACCGUGCAGACGACUACAGCACUAGCCAGGUGACCAGGCAGAUCAUGGCUCUCGGAAAGCUCGGCUACCUUCCUCCAAACGCUGGAGAGGUAUUCAGGAAAGUUGAAACCAUCCUGUCUACACGCUUUUCACAGUUUCAGCCCCGAGUGCUGCUCAACCUGCUCCACUCAUGCACCCUGGUGGAGAGGUUCCCUGUUAAUUUUGUCUCUAAAAUCUUCAGCAGUUACUUCCUCCAGCAACUGCAAGUGCAGGACACAGGAAUGGAUCGGCUCGUCCUGGCACAGCUGACCCAGCUCAACAUGACUUUGAAGUUGGAGUGUCCUUUCUACAAGGGUCCUAUGCUCCUCCCCAAGUACCACCUCAAGUCUUUCCUCAUGUCUGGACGCUCUCUGGAGAUGCCGGUGGAUGCACAUCUGUACCACUCUGUGAAAAAUGGACUGGUGGAUUUGCUCGGGGCCCGUGUAUACUUUGGAUCCAAAGUUCUGACACCCUACUGCUACACACUGGAUGUGGAGAUCAAACUUGAUGAAGAGGGAUAUGUUCUGCAUGCCAGUCACAGUGAUGAAGUAUACAAAAGGAUUGCUCUUUGUAUUGAUGGACAAAAGAGGUUUGCUUCAAACACAAGGCAGCUACUUGGAAAAGAGGCCAUCAAGCAGCGACAUCUGAGGCUUCUGGGAUAUGAAGUUGUUCAGAUUCCUUACUAUGAAUUAGAAAAACUGCAAAACAAGACCAGUGUUGUGAAGUAUCUGCACCAAAAACUCUUCCCUCACACUUACAGGCUGAACUGGUGAUAGUUUAGUCUUCUGUGGAUGUGACAUUAAGAGUCAUUGCUUCUGUUGAUCCGUUUCUUGCACAAAGAAAUACAUUUAUUUUUUCAAAUGUAAAUAACAAUGAAUGUGUUAAAGUUAUUGAUUAUGCACUUUCACACAUUUGACAAUAAAUUGACUUGUUUAAA